UUAGAGGACAGGGGAGCCUAAUAAUGGUCCCAAGCAAUUCACACAUAUUUAUUUCUGCAUUUUAGAAGCUUGAAGCCCAGGAGUGAAAUCCGGACAGGUUGUUAUAGCUACGCAAUCCACAGGGGUUCUGAUGUCUGUUUAAAAUCCCGAAGACCCUCCCUCUCUCUCCUUUAAACAACAUUAUAUAUCACACACACUGCAUGCUAAUGCGACCAAUCAGCACCAAAACACAUCUUAAAAUUAGCUCGUUCUGGUGUGUGAGAUCGAACUGACUGACAAGGCAACAGAAGGAACAGAUCAUCAGAAUUCCCCCUGCUGAUUGGGUCCUAAAAAGGAAAGAAGAAGAAAAAAAGAAAGCAGCUUUAACUUUUAAUGUUUGUCUUCUGACUUCUGCCGCAACUCGCGAGAGAUUUUUUCUUUCUUUUAUUAUUUGAAAAUAGAAAUAAAAGUCAAUCCGAUUACAUCUAUAUUUUAUUUUAUUUUUAUUUUUUUCCAUUUCCCUCUUCAGUUGUGAUCUUUGCGCGCUGAUGUGCGCGCAUGUUGGCUUUCUGCUGGAGAGGUUUUGCGAAACUUUCAGGAUGAUAUGCCUUGGAUGUUUCCUGCUGCUCUGUGGGCUCACGCACGUCAUGGCGAGCUAUCCCAUCUGGUGGUCACUAGCAGUGGGCCACCAGUACUCAUCCAUGGGUACUCAGCCCAUCCUUUGUGGAAGCAUACCUGGCCUGGUGCCCAAGCAGCUGCGCUUCUGCAGGAACUAUGUGGAGAUCAUGCCCAGCGUGGCCGAGGGGGUGAAGAUCGGCAUCCAGGAGUGCCAGCACCAAUUCAGGGGUCGGCGCUGGAACUGCACCACCAUCAACGACAAUCUGGCCAUCUUCGGGCCGGUGCUGGAUAAAGCUACUCGAGAGUCAGCUUUUGUUCAUGCCAUCGCCUCGGCAGGAGUCGCCUUUGCCGUGACCCGUGCUUGCGCCGAUGGUUCAGCUACCAUCUGCGGAUGUGACACUAGACACAAAGGUCCCCCCGGUGAGGGCUGGAAGUGGGGUGGCUGCAGUGAGGAUGUGGAUUUUGGAAGUAUGGUGUCCCGGGAGUUUGCGGAUGCUAGGGAGAAUCGUCCUGAUGCACGUUCUGCAAUGAAUCGCCAUAACAACGAGGCGGGAAGAAUGUCCCUCAAUGAAAACAUGUUUCUGAAGUGUAAGUGCCACGGCCUGUCAGGCAGCUGCGAGGUAAAGACUUGCUGGUGGUCUCAGCCUGACUUCCGAAUCAUUGGUGACUACAUGAAGGAUAAGUACGACAGUGCUUCAGAGAUGGUGGUGGAGAAACACAAGGAGUCCCGCGGCUGGGUGGAGACGCUGAGACCUAAAUACAACUACUUCAAGCCCCCUACAGAGCGUGACCUGGUUUAUUAUGAAAUGUCACCCAACUUCUGUGACCCCAACCCAGAGACGGGCUCCUUUGGCACCCGGGAUCGCAUCUGCAACCUGACAUCCCACGGAAUAGACGGAUGUGACCUGCUGUGCUGCGGCCGAGGCCACAACACCCGGACUGAGAAGAGAAAGGAGAAGUGCCACUGUAUUUUCCACUGGUGCUGCUACGUCAGCUGUCAGGAGUGUGUGAGGAUCUACGACGUGCAUACCUGCAAGUAGACACUGAAGAUUCCAGGAGUCAGAAUAAAGAAAUACAGGUUUUAUACCUAAGAGACGAGUAACAUUAGACGUGUCGGUCAAACACACACAGCUUGAGCCUUGAGUUCUGUGACAAAGGAGCCAGUCUCCGCCUGAAUCAUCUAACACUUCGAUGUUCAAUGAUGAAACAGAGAAUCGUUGGCCAGAAAACCAACACCAUCUGGGUGUCAAACAUUGGUUUUGUUGUCUGAGCAUUGCUGAUGCAUACGAGUCUAUGGAACGAACAAAAACAAAGACAUUUGGACUGAAAAUGAACAUUUUUCCUUAAUUGUCAACUUUGCCACAAAAGAUUUCUAAGCAUGGUCAGACACUCAACAGCAUGCAUGUGCCUCCUUGUUACUAGCAUGUGUCUGCCUUAUCUGAGAACUAGCCUGGACGUUGUGUGAUUGCGUUUUAUAGUGUUACUGAUUUUUGGGUAAGAAUGCACUUGCACCUGAGUGAAUGUAGUUAUUUGCUGUAACGUGUUUACAUGUUCUCACACACUUAAGCUAACAAGUUAACAUCUUCUUUAAACGACUAACUUUGUCUGAGAGCCACGUCAGCUGAGCACCAGAAAAACAAGAAUACACACAUUUUCCCAAGUGCCGUUAAAUGCCUUAAGCUUUUUGUAAAUGUAAUAAUGAUUAACGAUACGCUGAACAUCAUCGAGAUUUAUGACCAAAGACAAAAAAAGGGUAAGAGACAUAGCUCUACUGUGGCCGAGUCUGCACAUUCACUGUGUUCCUAUGACAAAUAUGAAGCAUGUUCUCAUUAUUUUUGACAGUAUUAUUGUGAGGGGAAAACAGAUUAUUUUAGAAAAAUAAAUUACAUUAUUUCAACAUGUGAGCUGACAGGAGGGUACAACAGGGCAAGACUAGCAACAAUCUACAUAAAUCGUGGGUCCCAUAAAGCUCUGUAUAAAGCCGUUCCAUUUGCAUUAUAUUAUAAAACGAUAAUAACCAAAUUUGACUGAUUCUGAGCUGUGGCUUCCUGUUUCUCCAAACUAAACAACUAGCAGCAUCACUGAAGCUAUUAAUAUUUCCCUUAUUUAAGUGCUGCUAAAACUGUACGUGUCUGUUUAGGUCUCUAUAUUGAGUUUAUCUUGUCUGUUUCUGUUUAAGUCUGUAUUCUUCGCAUGUAAUAAUUCUUUCUGUGAAAGAUUUCUGUUAAAUGUAGUUUUGUUUAAAAAAAUGUGAAGUUUAUCAAAUUUGUGUAAACAAUAAUUCCCAUUUGAUCCAAUUGAAUAGAACAGUUUGAUGUGUGUUUUGUUUUCCUUAUUUCUUUAAGUUUGCAUAUGUUUUUAUUUUUUAUUUAAAAUCUUUUAUUUUUUAUUUUUUGAGGAGGGGGGUGGGAGGUUGUGCUACAUAUUGAGCCAAUACAGACACCUAGAGGAACAAAACACAACAACACAUUGACACAAAUAUAUUGACAAAAGUACGUUGAUGUACUUUUUUUUUUUUUUUUUUUUUUUUUUACAAAAUCAAAGAUGUUUAAACAUAAGAAGUCAUUAAAAAGCAAAAGCACAAAAUUACAUUGAAACAAAAAUACAAAGCUUGUCAAAAAUUGAAUUUCUUUUCAUGGAAAAAAAAACGUUUUUGAUUACAAAACACAAUUUCUGAAACAGUGCAUGUUUUGAGCUUUGCCAAUGUGUUUUGGCAAAUGAAUUUAAUGACUUUUUUUAGUUUUGGGCUUUUUUUUUUUACUUUCUUAAAGGUUCCAUAUCUUGAAAUAUCCACUUUUUGGAGCGUUUUACCAUGUGAUAUUGUUAUUUCCUCAUGAGAAAUACCCCCAAAUCCUUCAUUUUUAUUUAUUUUUUUAUUUUUUUGGCUACAUUCAUGCAUUUUCCUGUCUCAGCUGCAAUUUGGUCAAUGUAAAUAUUUUUCCUGCACAUGGAAGGAAGUAGCCCACUUGCAUCUCCAGGCAUUUCUCCUCCCUCUGAAGCUGCUCUGGUCUUGAUUCUGAAACCUGGAUAUUCUGUUGACAUUCUGACAAAUUACUUCUGCAUUGGGGACUAAACGCCGCUGUAUAAACCAUGUGUCCUGUCUAUAUAAUGGCCAGCUCAGGAUAUAUAUGUUAGGCGACUUUUGUUUCACACUAGACUUGUUAGUCCAGUGGUUUAAGUGCUAGAACAGCAUGUUUUACCCAGGUUUGACUCCCAGUCAUGGCAGUAACUUUUUUUCUUCUUUUUUAGCUAAACUUGCCAGUAUGAUGUUUUCAACCCUUUAUUGGUAAACUGUUUAAAAUAUAAGUACAAAUCUGAAAGGAGCCAGUUGAGGUGACUCUGGCAUCUAGUCAUGAUGCCUCCUGGACACCUCUCUGGUGAGGUUUUCUGGGCAUGUUCAACCGAGAGGAGUCCUAAAGGGAGAUGCAGGACACACUUGAGGGACUGUGUCUCGGCUGGCCUUGAGAUUCCCCCGGAAGAGCUUGCUCAAGUGGCUGGGGAGAGGGAAGUCUGCGUCCCUGCGGCACCUCCCCUUCAACCCAAUACCGGAUAAGUGUACAAAAAUGGAUGGAUGAAUAAUCUGUUUCUUUACUUUCUUUGUUUAUUUAAGGUGAGUCCAUGUGAGGUGAGCAAUCAACUACAAUGCUGCUUGGAAAUGAUCUUUAGAGACACCAAAUAUUUUGCAGAAAUUAGUCAGUAAAACUACAAAAUAUAUAAAUAAAACCUGCUUCUGCUGGUUAAAUAAGUUACUGCUGCAGCGCUUCACUGAAACAGCUUCCUUUCCGGGUAUGUAUUCUGACUGACAAAAAUAACUGGUAUUUAUGAUAAAUGACAUCUCAAUAGUGCCAACGGUAAUAUUUCAUCAUAUAUUGUGCCUAUUUUUGCUUUUAAAGGUUUGAAAUAGCAUGAUCUGGAACCUUUCAUCUCUGGUUUUCUGUUUUGCUCCUCAAGACGUCGGUCUGGCGACAAAAUGCAUUCAUGUUUUUUUUUUCUUAAUUCUAGAAGAAAUACUGAAUAAUAUUUAUUAUUUUCUUUUCAUAAAGUUUUCUGAAUGCUGAGGCAGACUGGUGUGAUGUGAUGGUUACUUUUUCACUCACUGUGGAGGGACGUGUAAAGUUGUGGAUGAAUAAAUGUUUACAGCCAAUGUAAUGCUACUGUGUGUCUCAGGCUUUUAUAGGUCUCGUCGCCCACCUGUGAUAGCAGGACUGAACAGAUUGAUAAACACCUACCACCAGUCAGUGCAGGAUCUUGUAUCUAGCAUCGAUUUACUGAACACUUUAUAUGUGAAUGACUGCUUGUGUGGACAAUGUGGUUCUUUUGUUUUUAAAUCCAAAGUUUUGUACAGAGUAGUUCUCAAAUUUUAUGAAUUUCUAAAAUUUGAUGUUUUUUUAUAAUUAUUUAUUUCAUCCCGUGUAAAUAUUAGUGAGUAAAAUUAUAUUUCCAAGGAUACCAUCAGUGUUCAUGAUGUGUCAUGCUGUAGCCCUUUUACCUCAUCUCGUUGUUUUUUUUUUUUCACUGACAAACUGUUCAUCCUGUUGUCUGUAAUAGAUUUCUAAAAGCUAACUCUGUAACAUAAAAAUAAAAACUAUUUCAAAAAAUAAAUAAACAUACUUUA